AGUGCUGCAGUCUCUCGGGUAACAGGUGGCAACUUCCCCUGUUGGAUAGUAGGUAUAAAGAAGGAUGACCUCAUGGGGUGGAGCUGGGGGGACUCCAGGUAGCAGUCACAGACAGGUAACCCUGCAGUGAGGCUGUAUAGUUAGAAGGGGGCAGUUAGAUGCCAAGGUUCACCCCGAGGCACUUGAGCAGCCAGCCGUUGCCUGCAAACCUCACAACUUGGUCUCACUGCCUCAGAUGGAGCCCAGACAAACCCCUGGGAAGGAAAACAUGGGAAGCAAGAGAAAGAACCUGACCUUCUUGAGACCCAGGCUGUAUAUGCUGGAGAGGAGGAAGACGGACACUGUGGUGGACAGCAGUGUCUCUGGGGACCACUCUGGCACCUUGAGGAGGAGCCAGUCUGACAGGACGGAAUACAACCAGAAACUACAAGAAAAGAUGACUCCACAGACUGAGCGCUCCUCAGCUGAGACCCCAACCCCUGAGGAAGAGCAACAGAUGGGUCGGAUGAUGGCGAAGCGGGCAAAGAUCAUCAGGGAGCUGAUACAGACCGAGAGGGAUUACGUCACGGAUCUGGAGCUGUGUGUCAGAGAAGUGGUCCAGCCGCUGAGAAACAAGCAGGUUGAUAGGCUGGACGUGGACGGCUUGUUCAGCAACAUCGAGUCCGUGCACCAGAUAUCAGCCCAGCUACUGUCCUUGUUGGAAGAGGCCACAACGGACGUGGAACCGGCCGUGCAAGUGAUCGGAGAGGUAUUCUUGCAGAUUAAAGGACCACUGGAGGAUAUUUAUAAAGUCUACUGCUACCAUCACGAUGAAGCCCACAGUGUACUGGAGUCCUAUGAAAAAGAAGAAGAUCUGAGGCAGCAUCUGAGCCAAUGCAUCCAGUCCUUAAAGAAUAUAUACAUGCAAGAAGGCAAACCAAACCUGCUGGACAUGGGCUCCUUGAUGAUCAAACCUAUUCAGCGUGUGAUGAAAUACCCGCUGCUGCUGUGUGAACUGCGGAACUCCACCCCUCCCUCGCAUCCAGACUACAGAGCCCUGGAGGAAGCCUUCACUGCUGUGAAGGACAUUAAUGUUAACAUCAACGAGCUGAAGAGAAGGAAAGACCUGGUUCUCAAGUAUAAGAAGAAUGAUGAGGACGAAUCACUCAAAGACAAACUGUCUAAGCUAAACAUUCAUUCAAUUAGCAAGAAGUCCAAAAGAGUCACAAAUCAUCUCAAGAUCCUGACCAGAGGAGAGUCACAGGUGAAAGACAAUACCUUUAACAGGGAAGAAAAGCUUUUCAGAUCACUAGAGAAGACUCUGAGGCUGUGUGUGAAGAACAUUUCGUCCUGCCUUCAGCACAUAGAGGCCAUGCCCUUCACUCUGCAGAGUGUAGCAGAACUCCGUGAGAUUUCAUACAGGGAUGGAGAGGAGAACUGCGGUGAACCCCAAAGUCAUGCUUCAAAUCCCUGUCAAGACUUUGUAGCUCGCUCACAGAAACUCAUCCUGACCCCCCUGUCAGCCUUGCUGUCCUUAUUCCCAGGGCCUCAGAAGCUCAUCCAAAAACGCUAUGACAAACUACUGGACUACAAUAGCUCCCUGCCGCGGUCAGCAGCGGAUGAAUCAGACUUGGCCAAAAGGGAGUAUGAGGCCCUCAAUGCCCAGCUUGUGGAAGAGCUCCAGGCAUUCAACCAGGCGGCCAGGAAGAUCCUGCUGAACUGCCUGCGUAGUUUCGUCACCCUCCUCCGGGACUUGAUGCUGAUGGCUCUGGAGGCUUAUUCCACAGUCAAGCCGGUGCUGCUGCCGGUCUUGAGCAUCGCUGAGAUCCAAAAUCGAGUGCUGGAAGAGGUUCAAAACUUGAAUUUUGUGAAGGACAACAGUUCUACCUUUAUUGAGAGGAAACUUAGCUUUGAGAAGAAGAAACCCGCUCAGAUUCUGCCAGAAGUGCCACAUCAAACUGACGAUCACCGCUCCAAACUUCUGUCCACAUAUGGAGCAGAAGAAAUCUACCGAGCUAAGCGGAAGUGCAAUGCCACCCAAGAGCACGACAUCAAUCUUCUAGAAGGAGAGUUGGUAGCGGUCCUGGAACAGAAGGAUCCCCUGGGGAGCACAAGCAGGUGGUUUGUUGACACAGGAUUUGUAAAAGGCUACGUGUAUUCGUCCUUCCUAAAGCCCUACAACCCAGCAAAGGAGCAGAAGGCAGAUGCUGAGAACAGAUUCUGUGAUGACGAUUUUGAGAACCUCAGCCUCUUUGUAUCUUGCCGGCCAGCAGGCGACAGUGUCACGGGCACUCCUGAAGGCAGCAUAAGUGACAGCAGCUCAUCUCUUAGUGGCACUUGUGGGAAGUUUGAGACAAACGGUGCUGAUGCUGAUAAUUUUCAAGAGGUCGAUGAACAGAUUUUCUAUGCAGUCCAUGCUUUCCAAGCACGGAGCGACCAUGAGCUCAGUCUGCAGGAGUACCAGAGAGUCCACAUACUUAGAUUUUGUGAUCUAAGUGGGAAUAAAGAGUGGUGGCUAGCUGAAGCACAGGGGCAGCAGGGGUAUGUGCCAGCUAACUACCUUGGGAAGAUGACAUAUGCUUAAGAAAUAAGCAAAAAGUGACAUUCAUUCCCUGGCAAGUCGCUUACUGACUACCUCAUAAAACACACAUGGAAACUUCAAACCAGAAACUGUGUGAACUGACAGCGCAUAUGUUUUAAGGAAAACCUUGCUUCCUAAUAGGGCGAUUUUAAUGAUACAUAAAUACAUAAAGAAUAAUUGUUGACGGAGAUAUUACCAACAAAAAUGGCAGAGUUAACAAUCUAGGCUCCAGCUACAUAUUUAAAGAUAGCAAUGUUUUGAAAAGAUACAGUUUUGUUUAUCAUCACCAAAGAGUUGAUAUAAGAAUAAGGUUUUUCAAUUUAUUGUAAUAUUACUAUACUUUGCCUUAAACAUAUUUUUUUACAUUUCUUAUUUGAAAAUGUUUACAAGCACACAUAAUAUAUUUCUGCAGUUUAUACAUGGUGAGUAUAAUACAGAUUAUACAAAUACAUAUAACUCACAGAAUAAACUAAUUACACAUAAAAAUGAUUAAGAGCUGAUUAGAAAUCUUUAAUACGGGGCUCCAUUUUAACACAUUUUUAAUUGUAAGGGAAACAUAAUAUAUUGAUAAUAUCCAAAACUUACUAAAAGUGUACCACAUGAUAGACAUCUUUAAUAGAUUUAUACAUAAGUUAGUGUAACAUGAAGAAUAAACAUUGCUUGCAAGUGAUCGAGGUGUGUCAAACACGGGCAGCGUGGUUCCAAGUUCCCUGUUCCUAAUGACUACACCAUACACACUCCUUGAGUGCAAAACAGUGAUGUAAGUCAUGGACCUGGAGGAAAUCAUUCUUCUCUCUGACCCACAGUUCAAUAUUUAGCAGCUUUUCAAAAUUAAGAACUUCCAAAGACUUCUGCAUGUGCCAGGGAGAGAAAACUGAAAUGUCCAGAUUUAUUAUUCAUUCUUUUAUUCUUGUGAUUAAGCAUAUUUGAAAGUAGAAUUGUUUAAAAGCUGUCAUACAUGGUUACUGAUGAUGCUUUAAUGAGGAGACAUUUCAGAUCACUCAGUGAUUCCGAGACAGGAGGAGCCAGGAUGUGAAUACGUCAGUGGGCAGUUUUUAUGCAGACUAGGCAGUGAGAAUUGUAUUAGCUCUAACUCCAUGCUCAGGGCACUGUGCUUUAAUUUGGGUACUGCUCAGAGAACUACCUGUUAGAUUAAAAUAGUUAAAGUAGGACAGACACCAGGACGAAAUGAGCACAGGGAGAGUGUUCACAAGAAGAGGAAAAUGAAAAUCGUUGGAUGAAGCAACUCUACAGAGGUUUUAUGAAGACCAAACUGUCUGGCUUGUGUAUACUAGGUUAACAUUUGCUAAAUGACUUCUGUAUAUCAGAAGUUCUGGUAGAUUUGAGGGUAUUAGCACGUUUCAAAUCAAUGCAGUGCCUGGCCAUGGAAAGUUUACACUGUAAUGAGGAUACUUCUACUUAUAGAACUAAAACAUGAUGACCACUGGCAAUAAACAAAGUGUGUUUAGAGGACCACGUAACACUGAGACUUCUAAUUUUGUUUGACUUUAGUGGUUACUCAUUAUUAAGGUAGAUUUUAAUUGCCCAUAAAAAUCCAAAUGACACAUUUUAAAAUUUCUUACUUUGAAAGAUUAGAUCCAUUUGAGGUACAAUAUUAUAUUUAUUACUGAGCAGUAUCUAUAACAAAAUAAGGAGUUCUACUUCUCCUAGUAUAGCUGACUGAAUAUCAUGCCCUCUUCCCUUAAAUAAGGGAAAGUUUAUACUACUACUAAAUUCAUUAAAACAGCUUUAUGGAAUUUUCCUGACAUUGCAUUUGCAUAUUUUCUUUUUAAAGUAAAAUAACAAAAGAUUUUCUAAAAGAUAUUAGAGACUUCAAGAUUUUCUUUUAAUUGCCCUGUGAAUUCAACUUUAAAACAUAUAUUUGUUUGCCUAAGGUUAAAAAAAAAGAAAUUCAAAGUUGCUACAUAAGGAUAUUAUGAGAAUGCCCAGAGAGACAUAAUUUGUACACUGAGGCGUAUUACCUGAACACCUGUAUGUAACACUGAACUUCACACAAAAAUAACAAAAUAUGUAAUAGCACAGAUUUGCUUUUCUGGCCGAAAUAAGUGAUUAGAUGGUGAAGCUUUGUCUACUGAGUCUACAAGUGAUGCUUCCUGUCUGACUACUGAAAAGCUACACCAGGACAAUCGAUACGCCAGUUAGCUCCAGAGAAAGAACUGUUAUGAAGCCAGUGACUGCAACUUUUCUAGCAUGAUGGGCACAUUACUAUAAGUGAGCUCUGAAAAAAAUACAUAAUACCUUCAUUUUCUACUUAUUUUAUGGAAAAUCAAAUAAAUUGUAAUUUUAAAAUUAGACAUUAUUUUACUAGGCCUCAGAAAAGGAAAUUUGCAAGACUGUUUAUAGAAUGGUUUAUAUUUAAGCAGUUUAAAAGAAAUUGUUGGUUGCAUCAGUAUAAUUACAACUAGGCAAGCUAAUCAUUUUGUUAUAUUCCUUUUUAAAUUAAUAUUGUACAGAAUAGGUUCCUCUGAAGUGGGAAAUUAUUUUAACCAAGAUGAAGAGGAAGCUUUUGUAGCUAAAUAAAUUUAUAUACAUCUUAUCUACAUUUUAUUUUGAAAUGCACAUAUGUAAAAUUACUAGUGUAUGUAGUAAUAAAGUGUAGUGAGUAUAAAACAUACAUCUAGUAAUAUAAAAUUAUUAUGGGUGUAGAAUCAUGGAGAAGUCACAAAGUUACUAUUGGGUUAAAAACUCUUGGAUUUUCUCAUUUGCUUCUGAGAGGUUUUUUUUCUACCACAUUAUACUCAUACAGAUGUAUGAAUAAAAGGAGAAAAUUUUAAGACAUAAAGACCCCGUAAGUUGUUUGUAGUAACUAUUGCUUCGAAAUAUACCACUGCACUGCUAACUAGUGACCUCACAUCCGGCAUUCAGACCUCACAAAACUCAGACUGAAUGGACUUGAACAUUUAUACAUGAUCAUGAGGAUGUGAUUACAGGUCACCACCGAGACAGACACUGGACUUGAAGUUCCAAAGGAACAGAUCCUGUGUAAAGGAUGCAACUCCUUAAGAGUCUCAUUUUGUAAUUGCUUCCCUCUCUAUAAACACAUAGACAUUAAAACUCAUCACUAUAUGUGAUCUACAAAGCUAUGUCAGAACAAACUACCUUUCCUCAGGGCUCCUGGAUCUCAAGCUGAGAUGUCUUUAGACAGCUACUGUUAUAGGCAGGAACAUUUGAAUAUUUUGAAAAGUAACUCAACACUUUAGAAAAGACUAGAAUUGAGAUAUUCUCGCAGAAAUCCUGGGACUAUAUUAUUACUAAAUUAGUUUUGUUUAAACCUCCACUAAGGCAUCUGAAUGUAUCCAUCACAUUUCUAAUUUAUUGUGAUUAUUGUGAUUUUUAAAAUUAUUGUACUGAUGAAAAUUCAAAGUGAUGUUUCCUGUGUAAUCUGUGGUCAUAACAAUUUGUAACUAAUAAAACUACUACCACAUCA